UAGGUCGAGCCCUCAAUGCUUGGACACGGGUGAUGUGACUGCCUACAUGAACAGGCAAGACGUUAAAAAGGCGUUGCAUGUCGGCGAGUCGCCUAAUCAAUGGAUACCUUGCAGUGACGUGGUCAAGUAUAAGGUCAUAUACGACGACAUGCGGGAGAUAAUCAAAAAGAUAUCGUCCAGCUGACAAGGUAAGGGCCCUGUUCUACUACGGCGACGUCGACAUGGUGUCAAACUUCCUCGGUGCGAAGUGGUUCGUCGAAGACCUUCGACAACAGACGCUAGUCACCUACGAGCAAUGGCUUUUCGAACAGCAAAUUGGUGGAUACGUGGAGUAUUACGCUGGGAAGAUAGCCUACCUCACAAUAAAGGGCGCCGGACACCGAGUUUCAAGGGACAAACCACCAGUGUCACUUCAAGUAGUGAAGCGUUUCAUUACGAAUGCACCAUUCUAAAUGGACCAACACGUGCUUGUUUCUUACGAUAAACAAAUAUGAUCAUGA